ACUGCGUCCGCCCCGCGAGCACAGGCCCCUCGCCCUCGCCGCUCCUCCGCCGCCGCCGUCGGUUUACACCACCCUCAGUUCGCCAUGGAUGAUGAUAUUGCUGCGCUUGUGGUCGACAAUGGCUCCGGCAUGUGCAAGGCCAGCUUCACAGGCGACGAUGCUCCCCGGGCCGUCUUCCCCUCCAUCUUGGGGCGCCCCCCACACCAGGGCAUGAUGGUGGGCAUGGGUCAGAAGGACUCCUACGUGGGCGAUGAGGCCCAGAGCAAGAGGGGCAUCCUGGCCCUGAAGUACUCCAUCGAGCAUGGUAUUGUCACCAACUGGGACGACAUGGAGAAGAUCUGGCAUCACACCUUCUACAAUGAGCUGCGUGUGGCCCCCGAGGAGCACCCCGUGCUGCUGACCGAGGCCCCCCUGAAUCCCAAGACCAACCGUGAGAAGAUGACCCAGAUCAUGUUCGAGACCUUCAACACCCCAGCCAUGUACGUGGCCAUCCAGGCUGUGCUGUCUCGGUACGCCUCUGGCCACACCACUGGCAUCGUGAUGGACUCCGGUGACGGGGUCACCCACACUGUGCCCAUCUACGAGGGGUACGCCCUCCCCCACGCCAUCCUGCGUCUGGACCUGGCUGGCCGGGACCUGACGGACUACCUCAUGAAGAUCCUCACCGAGCUCGGCUACAGUUUCACCACCACCACUGAGUGGGAAAUCGUGCGUGACAUCAAGGAGAAGCUCUGCUAUGUGGCCCUGGAUUUCGAGCAGGAGAUGGCCACCGCCACGUCCUCGUCCUCCCUGGAGAAGAGCUACGAGCUGGCCCAUGGGCAGGUGAUCACCAUUGGCAACGAGCAGUUCCGCUGCCCCGAGGCGCUCUUCCAGCCUUCCUUCCUGGGUAUAGAAUCCUGUGGCAUCCACGCAACUACCUUCAACUCCAUCAUGAAGUGCGACAUUGACAUCUGCAAGGACCUCUAUGCCAACACGGUGCUCUCUGGGGGGACCACCGUGUACCCCGGCAUCGCAGACCGGAUGCAGAAGGAGAUCACCGCCCUGGCGCCCAGCACCAUGAAGAUCAAGAUCAUCGCACCCCCUGAGCACAAGUACUCUGUGUGGAUCGACGGCUCCAUCCUGGCCUCGCUGUCCACCUUCCAGCAGAUGUGGAUCAGCAAGCAGGAGUAGGACGAGUCCGGCCCGUCCAUCGUCCACUGCAAAUGCUUCUAGGCGGACUGCUACUCUAGUUGCGUUACACCCUUUCUUGACAAAACCUAACUUGCGCAGAAAACGAGAUGAGAUUGGCACGGCUUUAUUUGUUUUUCCGU